AUGCCCGCUGGUGAUCAGAAAGGGCACGGAGGCGACGAUGGCGGACGUCGGGCCGGCGCCGGCGGGAACCCAUGGCAGGCGAAGGAGAGGGAAGACGGGCCCAAGGCGUGGGCCAUCCUUCUCUUCGCCUUGAUUGGCGCCACCGCCACAACUUACGCUGUACUCCUCUCUCUCUCUCUCUCGCUGUGUGCGUAUGUUUGUUGUGUGCUUUCCUGUUGAAUUUAGAGCAUCGGGAACAGAAGCAUGCUGGGAACUGUCUGGCUCCUCAAGUCGCCUUUUGAUUAUACCCGACUGGUAAUCAUUUCCGUCACUGCAAUUGCCGGGGUAUUGUAGGCACCAUUAUUAGAGCUAUGGAUCUUAUUUACGUUGACUUUGAGAAAAAUCCAAUCAGACAAGUUUGGGUGAAAUGCUCAUUCCAGCCUUCUCUGAUCUUCCGAAAUGAAGGGAGAGAAUUGCUCAAUCAAGCAUCAGAGAUACCACUGUUUGCCUUUCUGCUCUUUUUUUGGUCUCGUAAAUGUAAAGCAUAGACCCUUAAGAUUAAGUAUAAUUUUAUGUUCCACUCCCUAUGGACAGUUACCCUAAUUCUGUCUGGUCAAAGCUGCUGUGCGAUCUGUCUAUCUGUUAAUGGAGACUUAUUAUCUCAUUGGGUGUUUUGCCAGGUCGGUCAGAUGCGUAGGACUGUUGACUUCUUUUGGUCUCAGGUGCCCACAGUUGAUAAACACUCCCCCUCCUCUCCAAUUAUGGUAAAUUUGUGUUGCGUCAACUGAAUUGUGUAAAUGUGUAAUGCCCAUGUCGCAUUUGCAUCAAAAGAUGAAGUCACAACCAUUUUCGUCAUGGAAGAACACGACUGGCUCUGGUCAUGGAAGCUUUAGAGAGGAAGCCUGGAAGAGAUACAACCGUCGGCUGCAGGAGGAGUACGAGGAAGAAAUGGAGAGAGUGGUGAGCCCUUUUUAUAUUCUAAUUUACAUAUUUUCCAUCUUUUGCCUGAGAAAAGGAUACUAAUCCACGUGAAUCGCAUCAUUUGGAGGGUUGAACUUUCCAUUGACAUUCUCUGUUGUGCCAUUGUGUUCAUUCCACUCAGUAGCAUGUUGUGCUAUCAUGCGACAGGUUACGAUAUUUAGAAUAAUGUUGUGCCUAAAAAGAUUGGGUGUGAAUCACUGUGGCCUUGUGCUUUGGAUGAUAGCUCAAAGCGAUCCAUGCCAUGUUAAGAGGUUGGUUCACUUUUCUUCCUACUUGUUGAUGUUAGAAAACUAAGUUUAAAAAUCUAUCCUUUAUGGACUCAAAAAUCUUCAACUCUACCCUUGGUUGUGUUCAUGGUUAAUUGAAGCAAUGCUCCAUUAGAUCUCAUAAAAGAUGAAUUCGUCAUCAAGAUUUCGCUCCAGUGAUAUGUGUGCAUUCAUCUUCGGGGUAUUAGUGACCCUCGUGGACCAUUUCCCCUCCUCUACUUUGGUCAACUUUCGCACACUUGACCCUGCCAGGAAUUAUUUGAUAUUUUCUGUAUCUGCUGUUUCCUAUGAUAUUUUCCCUUUCUUGAGAUCAUGAAGCUUCUUAGGGAUCUCUAUCUGCAUUCCAGCAAUGAUGGCAUCGUCCUUUUGAAUGUUAUUGCCCCUCUCUCGGUUCGUAUUUGAUCAUAUUUUUCAUUGAUUAUUCGCAACGGCACGCAUGGAUCUCCAAAAUGAUUGCUUUUUAAAAUUUUUCAUGUUUCAUUUAUCUUUUCAUGCAAUCUAAUCAGAUAAUUUCUUGUAUUUGCGCUUGUUAACUUCUCGUUGCACAGGAGAGAAUAAGGCGGAUGCAAAGCGUGUUCAAUAGGGAGAGGAAUAAGUAUAAAAGAGGCUAUGAGAGUUGGAGGGAGAAUGAUGCAAAUGGCUAUCAUCAGCAUUUCCAACGGGAAGACUGGUACUGGAAGACGGAUUCAUCUUACAGGGAUCAAAGAGAUCAAAGAGCAAAAACCAAAGCUCAUCCCAGUUACAGCGGCAAUCAAACUCUGUCUCAUCACUAUUCAGUCCUGGGUCUUGACAGGUAUCAAUGGAUGUGAUAUAAUGUGAUGGUAGUUUUUUAUUUAGUUUGGUGCCUCCCCCUCAACAUGGACAUCAAUUAAAUAACUCGAUACCUAAGGGCAGUGUCUCUCUCUUCUUCUUCUUCUUCUCCUUCUUCAUCUUCUCUGUUCUUCGGAAGCCAACACAGCUACAAUUGCAUGCAGAAAGGAGGUUGGUGCAACUUAGCCCUUAAGGAGACUUGAAAUCCCUGUAAUCAGAUAAUUUAACCCUGAGAAGUAAUGGGGUUCUUGUUAUUUUUUAUAAAAUAAAAAAUUCCUUCUUAAUCAGGAACUGUUGUAACUAGAUUGGAGUUUUCUGAAUGGCAACAAAAAUUUUGAUCUUCUGAUCUUCACCUCCCGUACACUGCAUCCUUGUAGUUAUCAAGAUGAACUAAUCGAUGAUCGUUCAGUGUGAGUGGUUGUGCAAAAGGGCUGAUUUUCUUUUCUUUGUAAACAAGGAAAAAGAUGCACAGUGAAUCUGAUAAACGGUAAAAAUGGAAAUGCUGAAAGUGGCCUCAUGUUUUUGAGCUGCCUCGAAAACUUUAUCUUCCGUUACUACCUGCUAUGUAUUUUUCUCAUGCCAAUUGAAUCUUAACAAAAGUUGUCCCCUGACCGAAUUGAACAAAAAUCUAAGCUGUCGAUGAACAUGAUUCACUAGUAAUGAGAUGACUUAUCCUCUGACUCAUUCCUGAAAUCGAGUUGAGGAUUUUUUUCUUUAUAGUAUUUUUUUUAUUGAUUUCAACGGUUCAUUUAUUUUUUUCAUCCAUAAUAUCUUGAAUACCCUGCACAUUGGUGGUGUUAAUUGAGAAUUUUUUUUAUUCACGUUACUAGAACAAGGACCCCAUCAUGAACUUUGUACGCAUCCACUUUGGUGGUCGCAAGUCUGCCUCCUGUAAAAAAAAAGGAUUUUAAAUGGGUGAACCCCCUUUAUUUUGGAAAUUGUGAUGCUGUGGCUGCAAGAUACAACUAUGAGCAACAAAUAUAAUAAGGUUUUCAAUAAUUCGGUGUGCUUUAUUUUUUAUCCAAUUCUGAUGGGUCAGUGAUCUCAUUUGCUCUUAUUUUCUUUCUUUUAGGUCAAGAUCAACACCCUACACCGAUGCAGAAAUCAAGGUACCACCCACUGUGCAUCUUUUUCCUGUACAAGUCAUGAAUUUCAUUCACAUCAUCAAACUGGAAUUAGCUUAUGAGCUCUUAGCCCUUUGAGACCCUCUCCUAAGAAAACUAGGAAUUCUCGGUACAUAUGCUGCCGGGUGGGAUUUUGGGGGGUGGGAUAAAUGGGGAGAACGUUCAACCUUCCUGUUAUAAUUUGAAUUAGUUUCCAAAACGGAUGUGGGUUAGAGUGAGAAUUAGAAGUAGUUGAGUUCAACUGAGUAGGUACAUUCACAGUCUCCAUCUCCCAAGCAGUAGUCUAUACGUUCAUGAUGGUAUUUACAUGAAGGUUUCUUCAUGUAUUGCUGCGCAUCUGAUGGUUAAUGGAAAGGUUUCUUGCUUGUAGACUGCUUUCAGAGCGAAGGCAAUGGAGUAUCACCCUGAUCAAAACCAGAACAACAAAGGUCUGCCCUCUGAUCCAACCUUGAACUCCCUGCACUCAAACAAUUUCUGUUUCUAUCUCUCUGUGUUUCUUGACGGAUCAGCACUCAAAACUUAUCGCAGAGGCUGCAGAGGCCAAGUUUAAGCAGGUGCUGACAUCAUACGAGGCGAUCAAAUUGGAGAGGAAGAACGAGAGGCUUUGA